GCAGGGUCUUCCGACCCGAUCCGACCCACCCGCUCCAUUCUUCUAUCUCUCCGUUUCCAUUUCACAAUACUCUUUCGUCUUUCAUUCUCUUCCCUCUCCUUUUUCUCUUUAAGAUCUAUCUAACACACAAUCUUUCCCUUCCAUUCUCAUCCCUCAGUUUCUAUAUUAACCUCUUUCUCUCUCACAAUCUCAAAACGGUUUCAUCGCCGAAGGUUUCAACUUGGAUUAAGGAAAUAUUGGUUCCAACAUGAGUUCUCGGACCGGUAGGGUAACUGCUGUCAGAGGUUACAGCCGGCGAAGGAAGGUAGGGUUGGACCUUGACCUUAAUUUACCGGCAGGUGAGAUUCCGAUUAUUGAGAAUCUGGCUGGUGAAAAUCGCGAGCAAGAGGGACCUUCGAUUCAGUUGGGGCUUCAAGAAGUAGAAGUUCAUGCUAACCCGCAGCCCAUUGUACUUGUAGAAGCUCCUAUGAUUGAUGUGGAGGAAAUUGAUGAUGAUGUUAUUGAAUCUUCCCCGAGGGCUUUUGCUGAGGCUAAAAACAAUUCUAGAAGAAAUCGCGGGAGGACUAUAGUUGAUGUGGAUUUAGAAGAGCAGACUAGGGUAAGCAACAAUAAUCGCUACAAACGCAGAAGAGAACCUCCAAAUCAAACAAUUAUCAAUUGUGAUCUUUAUAUAAAUUUGGAAGGCAGUAGCAGCUCUACGCAGAUGGAAACUGUCAAAAAGCCACCUGAGCCUCCAAAGGAACCUGUCUUCAGCUGUCCUAUAUGCAUGGGCCCUUUGGUCGAAGAAAUGUCGACAAGGUGUGGUCAUAUAUUUUGCAAGGCUUGUAUCAAGGCUGCUAUAAGUGCUCAGGCUAAAUGUCCUACAUGUAGAAAAAAGAUUACUGUGAAAGAGCUUAUAAGGGUGUUUCUCCCAACAACUAAAUAAGAAAAUGCAUAUAUAAAUACUUGUGCGUGCAGAAAAUUGAGGUGUGGAUUAGAAAUGAUAUAUUUGAGACAGUAAAAACAAUAGGUGCUUGGAGAUAUCAUUGGAUAUAUUAACUAUUAUUAAUGUUGUACUUGUGUCUGUAUAAUUUGCUGUCAAAUAAAAAACUGUUACUCCACUCCCAUCAAAACAAAACUUGAGCCCUCUUUAAUUUGUUUUUGCAUAUAGCCCCCGUUUUUUUAGCUUUUGAGGUGUCUUCAAGCUAGAUUUUAGUGGAAGCGAGAAAAGCUUUCUCUGUUAAAAAGUGAAUCUAUAAGCAUUUUUUCAUGUUUGCUUUCACUGGAAUCUAUUUCAAACUGACUCAGGAAAUAAUGUUUUUUUUACUCUGAGAAAUGGGGUUUAUCUUGUGAUUUUAUCACUUGUUGUACUUUAUAUGUCUGUAUAUGGAGUAUUCUGUCAUAUCCUAUCGUGUAACUCAUACUUGUGUCUGUGGAGGUUUGGGUUUUUAUACUUUGAUCAUGUAGAUGUAUCUUUUUCUUUUUUGUUUCAUUGUAUUUUUGUUUUUCUAAUGCAUAUACGCUGUGCUUGUGUUAAGCUCGUGCAAUAUACCCAAUUCUUACCUAACUUUAGUUUUUCUAAUGCAUAUGCUGUGCUUGUGUUACGCUCGUGCAAUAUACCCAAUUCUUUCCUAACUUUGUUUAAUUGGAAGACCAGCAAAAAUCUUUUUU